CCUCCAAUGCCUUGCUCCAUCCCCCAGUUCUCUCUCCCCGCACUCUCUCCAGAGUCUCUAUAUUUCCCUUCCAUUUUCGUUCCUCUUAUGCUCUCGCGAUCGUGGGUCCACUGUUUUUCAUGUUGCAGGACUGUCGGAACCCUCCGCGGACGAAGAUUGGCGAUGAUUUAGGUUCUGCGUUCGGUAGGGAAUUAGGGUUUUGUGCUAUCUCUGUCGAGCUCUCAUGGUGUUCUCUCAAUCUAUUAGCCUCAAUCUUACUUCCCAUGUUUCUCUCUCCCGCUGCAAGUAUGUUUUGAUAAGACACAACCGAAACCAGAAGGCAGUUGCAUUUCCAACAACAAGGGGGAAGGGAUAUUCUUGUUUGAUAGUUAAAUCUGUCUUCAAUGAUACCCGACAGAACAUUGAUGAUAAUGAAGCGGCAGAGCCUGCGAGGGUUCUUCUGGAUAGAUUGUUUGCUCAGACACAGAAACUGGAGAAGCAAAUGGACCAAAGUUCGGUUUAUUCUGAUGGGAAUCUGCCCUUUCUUAAUCUUGAAAUGCUUGAGUCUGAUCUUCAGGCUGCACUAAUGGCCUUGAUUAAAAGGGAAGAGGACUUAGAGGAUGCCGAGGGGAAGGUUCUCUCUGAGCAAAACCAACUGAACCGGGCAAAGGUUGAGCUGGAACAAAGAGAAAGAAAAAUUGCUGAAGCUUCUUUGAAACAUGAAUGUCUACAAGAGGAUCUAAAGUGGGUGAAUAUUGAGUUAGCUUCUCAGGCUAGAGAGAUAGAAGAAUUGAAGCAUAAGCUCAAGGAGAGAGACAGGGAAACUGUUGCCUUGCAGGCUUCGUUGAUUUUGAAAGACCAAGAACUGGAUAAAAUGCGGAAUGAGAUUGCAAAUAAAAGCAAAGAGUUAUCUGUGGCUAUUUCUGAAAUUCAAAUCAAGUCUCAGCUUCUAAGCAAAGCCAACGAAGUUGUGAAGAGACAGGAAGUUGAAAUACAUGCACUUCAGAGGGCCAUCAAGGGGAAAGAGGAAGAGCUGGAAGAUUUAAAGACUAUGAAGAAACGGGAUGAGGAAAAGCUCAGAGAAACAGUAGCCAAUUUGGAAAAACAAACAAAGGAAUGGUUGAUAGCCCGGGAAGAAGUGAAGAAACUUGAAGAGGAAACAGUGAAACGCAUGGGAGAAGCUAACAAGACCAUGGAUGACUUCAGAAGAGUGAAAAAACUUCUUACUGAUGUGAGGUCCGAACUUGUUUCUUCCCAGAAAGCUUUGGUAUUCUCCAGGGAGCAAAUGGAGGAAAAGGAGCUGUUGUUAGAAAAGCAAAUACAAGAACUUGAAGAACAUAGGAAUAGUGUGAUGUCAUACAUGAGAAGCCUGAAAGAUGCUCAAGUGGAAUUAGAGAGUCAGAGAGCAAAACUCAAGGUCACUGAGGCUCGGAACAAAGCACGUGAGCUGGAUUUGUCAAUCAAGAAACAACUUCUGGAAGAGCUAGGAGAUGAGUUAAAGAAAGAAAAAUCUUUGUUGGGACGAGCUAUGCAAGAUAUCUCCAUUCUUCAAACCGAGCUGGCUGAAAAAACUAAUGCAUUUCAGGUGGCACAGAACCUGCUUCAGGAGAAGGAGACCAGUUUGGUGGAGGCUAAGCUAGAGAUUCAGCAUCUAAAAUCUGAACAGGCUUCUCUUCAGCUGUUAUUGGAAGAAAAGGAUUUAGAACUAGCAGAAGCUAGAAAGAAAUUGGAAGAAGUGAACCGAGAGGUUACAGACCUAAAGAUGCUUAUGACCAGCAGAGAAGAGCAGCUUAUGCAAGCAACAGGAAUGCUGAAGGAGAAAGAUGACCACCUUCACAAAGUAGAAGACGAAUUGAGCGGUAUGAAGCUCAAAGUCAGUGAUGCCGAAACAGUGGUAGAAAGAAUAGCGGAGCUGGCAAGCAAACUGGUUAUGCCCACCAAGGAACGAGAUUAUAAUUCAACCAUGGUUGAUGACCAAAUCGACUUUGAAAUGAUGCAGCAUGUUCUUGAGAAACCUCAUGAUGCUUACAGAUUGGAGAACAAGCGGCUCGAGAUGGAGCUAAGUUUCACCAUUGAAAACUUAAGAAUCAAGGAGAUGGAAGUUCUAGCUGCUCAGAGGGCACUUACACUCAAAGACGGAGAGAUCAAGGCAGUCAUGGAGAGAUUAGAAGCUACAGAACAGGAACUCGAGAGGCUGAAAGAAGAUCCGAUCAAUGACAGUGAAGAUCUAAAACAGCUUUAUGCCUUGGCACAGGAGAGAAUCAGGGAGACAACAAUGGGCGAAUUAGCCAUCGAGAAACUUCAGAUCAAAGCAGCUCAACUUGAAGUUGAAGCUGCGACUAGUGCACUUCAGAAGCUUGCAGAGAUGAGCAGGGAACUUCUGAACAAAUCUGACAUGAACAUUGAGGCUGAAGCUACUUACACUGUUAUCCGACAAAAUGGGUUUGAUCCCGAAAUGAAUUCAGACACAAGUAAUGAGUUUAUUGCUGAGGUUAAAACAGAAGUAGCCAGGCUCUCAGCAUUGACAGAGAAACUCCUGAAGGAGGCUGGAAUAUGUGUUGGUGCGGGCUGAAAGAGAUAAAUUUGUGAAACUUGCAACAUUAUCCUAGAUUUCUCAGACUCUUUUCCGGCUAUAGAUUAUCCAGAUUUUUUUUUGGUGAUGAUAUCCUGUAAUUGUAUGGUUAUCUAUUGCUACGGAAUAGGUUCUUUGGUGGGCAAGGGGCAGUGACAGAGAUUGUUUCCUUUGUUCUGGAAAGGCUAAGCUAAAGUCAUAAGAGAAACAGAAGAGAAACUAUGUAUAUGUACAGCAUGGGGAUACAAAUGCGAUGAUCCAUGACCAA